AUGACAUCUAAUCCACCCGCUGCUCCAACGUUGCUCACGAUUCCUACCGAGUUACGCCUGAUGAUUUUCGAGUUCACUUUCAGCAACACCAUCGUCGACAUCAGCCGCUGCUACAGAACCAACGCCAACUCCGGCCGAAUCGAACAUAGCGAACGGAUCGAAAACACCGUCGUGGGAUGUAACGCAGKCCUCCUCCUCACCUGCAAGGUCUUGAACAAAGAAGCCACCAAGCCAUACUUCCGCCACUCAAUUUUCCACGCGCGCGAUAGUGAAGACAUCACAGCGUGGCUGGAUAAUCUGCGAGCGCACAACAAGAUCAGCAAUGCGCAUUUCGUCAGAGAGAUCCAGUGUGGUGGACUGAUGCUGUAUCGGAGCUUUAUUUGGGGCUUGUAUUAUAUCCCGGGCGACUUUAUCAUACUUGAUCAUUGUUGGAUCUCUCAGAUGACCACCAAGAGACUAUGUGUUGCUAUCCACAAGGGAAAAAUCCAGUUCGAGUGGGAUAAGCCUGAUUUCUCCUUUCAGGAUUACGGGAUUCAUGACGGGGUGCUGAGAGGUGCUACUGUUGAGGAGACUGGCCGAGAGGAGAAGUGGGAACUCGCCGGCCAGAGGUCUCUGGUGGAGCUGAGAGUUGGGAGAGGAACCUGGAUUCACGGACGAUAA